UUCCGCGACGAGCUACCGACGCAUGCAGUAGAUAAAAGCAAUCAAGUCAACUGUACUAUCAACCAUUUAAGUGAUCGUGACUACAGUCUACAUCGGCGGGAUCAUCCGAUGCGGUCUCAAUUGGUACCGUGUCGCUCGAAGCGCUGCAAGGCAGAACAAAAACGUGUGCAUGGUGACAGCGCAGGACGUCCACCUCCCUGUCCGUGUCGAUACAAGUUCAAGCUCUGCCUCGCUUCAAGUACACGCGAGGUGUUUCAGCAAUACAACCACGUGAUGAACAUAAACGACCCUCCAACCCCUGUGGAGCGCAAGUUGACCAAGCAAAUGAAGGACUAUAUUGUAGAGUGUUUG